CUCUUAUUUGGUAAUCAAGCAAAACCCCCAACCCAAACCAUCAACAAGAGGAUUAGAGGAGGAGAAGAAGAUAAACAGUCAAAGAAAUAUUCUUUUCUGUCAGGGUUUUUGAUUAUAUUCUCUUUUUUCUCUGUUUCAAGAAAUAGGAAAAAGAACAUGGCUGUUUCAUCUCUCUAUCAAUUCAAUCCUUCUCUUUCCUCUAAAUUUCCUUCUAAGCCUCAUUUGCUUUUGCGUGCUCUCUCUGGUCGAAGCCAAGUUGGGGAAAUGAUUGUUGACAUUCGGCGAAGGAGAAGCCGAAUGGAUAGAAUUGUGGUUUUGUCUUCACACUCUAACGCUAAGGUACUCAAGUUCAACAGGAAGUCACGGUACGGACAGACAUUGAGUCAUAGCGAUGAGGAGGAAGAGGAAGAAGAAGAGGACGAUGAUGAUGAUUACUUCGAUAAGAAUGACCCGUUGUUGGAUGAUGAAUUUGCAGAACCUGCAGAUUAUGAAGUUGAUGGAAAAAGAUUUAAUUCACGAAAGAAAAUCAAUGAUGGAGAAAUAGGUGUACAGAGACAGCUGGUUGUAAGAAGUGGCAGGAGCAUUCAGGAGAAGAGAAUUGCUGGAAACGUUUAUCUUUCUAAAAACAAAAGAAUGGAAGCUGACUCCUCAUACAUGGGCAGCAAAGAAAAGCUGAAGCCCAAAGUAUCUUCUAAGAACAAAUAUGAACUGGUGUCUGAAGAAAUAGAGUUAAACAAGAGAUGGUUCCCACUUUUUGAUUACCUAACAACCCUUGGGCUCAAGGAAUCAGACUUUAUACAAAUGUAUGAGAGGCACAUGCCAUGUCUCCAAGUAAGUGUAUGCUCUGCACAGGAGAGGUUGGAGUACCUGCUGAGUGUUGGUGUGAAACAAAGUGACAUCAGAAGGAUACUUUUGAGGCAGCCACAAAUUCUAGAAUAUACAGUGGAGAAUAACUUGAAGUCUCAUGUUGCUUUCUUGAGGGGUUUAGGUAUUCCACAUUCCAAACUAGGGCAGAUAAUUGCUGUUUCCCCGUCUCUCUUUUCUUAUAGUGUUGAGAAUUCCUUAAAACCUACAAUUAGAUAUUUGGUUGAGGAGGUUGGAAUUGAUGAAAAAAAUAUCGGCAAAGUAGUGCAGCUAAGCCCUCAAAUCCUGGUUCAACGUAUUGACAUAUCAUGGAAUACUCGCUGCAUUUUUCUUUCAAAGGAAUUGGGAGCAUCUAGGGAAAGUGUAUUAAAGAUGGUGACAAAACAUCCUCAGCUCCUCCAUUACAGCAUAGAUGAUGGAAUUCUGCCAAGGAUCAAUUUUCUUAGGAGUACUGGCAUGCGUAAUUCUGACAUCUUGAAAGUCUUGACUAGCCUCCCACAAGUUUUAUCUUUGUCGCUGGAGGAUAAUUUGAAGCCAAAGUACAUGUAUUUGAUCAAUGAACUUUGUAACGAGGUAAAGUCCUUGACCAAAUAUCCCACGUACUUGAGCUUGUCUUUGGACCAGAGAAUUCGCCCUCGCCAUAGGUUCUUGGUUGCGUUAAAGAAAGCUCCAAAAGGGCCAUUUCCUCUGAGUUCAUUUGUUCCAACAGAUGAAUCCUUUUGUCAGCAAUGGGGAACUGGUUUAGAUAAAUAUUUGGCAUUUCGACAGCAAUUACUACUUGAGAAGUUUGCCAAGAAAUAUGAUAGACAAGGAUAAGGUGUUGUCAUAAAACCCUAUCUGUUCAUUCCACUAACCCAAGUAAUGCAGCUGGGCUCUCCUCUAGCUUCAUCAACUUAUAUGGCUUGUUUUGUGAAACUGAUCAGGAAAUUUUCAGUGAAAGUGGUUUCAUGACUCAUGGAGUUAUUGCAAUAAUCUGCACAGCUGCUGCUCUAGUUCUGCACAUAUUUGAGGUGUAAACUCCAAAAGAAACUAUCUUCAAAACUGCUGGUGAUUGAGUAGGAAAAGGAAACCAACAAGAUUUUGAUAAAAAAAGGUUGGUAUAUUGAACAGGAAAGUAAAUGAUGAUAUUGAUAUUGAGAAAUUGACAUGAAAAUACAAAUUGCAAGUAUUGAGGACAAUUGCCGGGCACAUAAAAUGUCUCUAUACAGGAUGCUUCUUCUGUAAUAUUUCUUAUACAUUUUCUUUUUUCCCUUUUUCAUGUGUUAUGCCACACAUAUAUGAUGAGAUACCCCAUUCUGACCUCUGCCUUGCAAAACACUGAGUUGUAGUUUUUUUUUUUUCUCCUUGAUUUGCACUGAAAAAAUGUAUUUUCUACAUAUAUAUAAUUCAAUGUUCAUAUCGUGUUAAGCUAUGCGUUUUUUUA